AUUUUAAUUUUUUUUAAAAAAAUAAUAAAACCAUUAUCCCCUUUCUCUAACCACACCCUUCCAUCACUUCAAUCCCAUUCAUUCAUAGCUAAACCAUGGCAGUUUCCUUAUCAUCUCUCACAUCUUCCCUCUCUUCACUCUCCUUCUCUUCCAACAUCUCUCACAUACCAACCUCCCUUUCUCUCCCCAGAAUAACAACCCUCUCCCGCUCUCCCAAAUUCCCUUCAUUCACUGUAACCGCUUCAACAGCAGACAUUGCUCUUGAGCCCGAACCCGAAAUUGCUGACCUCAAGAAAUACGUCAAAUCCAGACUUCCUGGUGGUUUCGCCGCUCAAACUAUCCUCGCUACCGGUCGCCGGAAAACUGCUGUUGCUCGUGUUGUUCUUCAGGAAGGAACUGGCAAAAUCAUUAUUAAUUACCGUGAUGCUAAGGAAUAUCUUCAAGGAAAUCCGCUAUGGCUUCAAUACGUUAAGAUUCCCUUAAUAACUUUGGGAUAUGACACUAGUUAUGAUGUGUUUGUCAAAGCCGAGGGAGGCGGCCUCUCUGGUCAAGCUCAGGCGAUCACCCUUGGCAUUGCUCGUGCAUUGCUAAAGGUGAGUGAAAGUCAUAGAGUACCUCUGAGACUGCAAGGGCUUCUGACCAGAGAUUCUAGAGCUGUUGAGAGGAAGAAAGUUGGUCUCCAUAAAGCUCGUAAAGCUCCUCAAUACUCCAAACGUUGAGGUUGGAGUUUUACAUGUAUGGUCUGUCCCUGUCUUUCUUCCCUGUAUCUCCUGUAGUUGGUUACUUUCGGUUUCAAAACUAUCGAUUGUAGGUUCUGCCGAGGCCUUUGUAUUUGAAAUCCUUCCCCUUGUUUCCUUAUUCUUUUGACUGUAUGGAAUUGGGAAAUGUAGGUAACUAGCCAAACCCAAAUACACCUUUUUACACUAUGUUGAAGGUUUCUUCGGAGACCUAAAAUAUAUGGUCCUUACUCUUAA